AUGGCACUGGUGGUAGCUGCUGUCCUCGCCAUGGGGACCAGUCUCAGACUAGUGAAUGGAAGGCACAGCUGUGAAGGCCGAAUUGAGAUUUAUUACAAGGGACACUGGGGGACAAUUUGUGAUGAUUUCUGGGACCUUCCUGAUGUCCAGGUUGUGUGCAGGCAGCUGGGAUGUGGCCAGGCCAUUUCAGCACUAGGAAGUGCUUACUUUGGCCAAGGCUCAGGAAAAAUUCUCCUGGACGAUGUGCAGUGCAGAGGAUAUGAAUCCUCCUUGUGGCAUUGUAAUCACCGUGGAUGGAAGAAACACAACUGUGGCCACCAGGAAGAUGCUGGUGUUGUCUGUUCAGGCGUCCAACUGCGUCUGGCCGACGGCGGGCACGAGUGCGAAGGCCGCGUGGAGGUGUCCGACGGCGGCGCCUGGGGCACCGUGUGCGACGACGCCUGGGGCCUGAGCGAUGCCCAGGUGGUGUGCAGGCAGCUGGGCUGCGGCCGGGCCACGGCGGCCCCGGGAAACGCGCGUUUCGGGCCCGGCUCCGGCCGAAUCCUCCUGGACAACGUGCAGUGCAGCGGCAACGAGUCCUCCCUGCUGGAGUGCCGGCACAACGGCUGGGGCCUGCACAACUGCGUCCACGGGGAAGACGCCGGCGUCGUCUGUGCAGGCGUCCAACUGCGUCUGGCCGACGGCGGGCACGAGUGCGAAGGCCGCGUGGAGGUGUCCGACGGCGGCGCCUGGGGCACCGUGUGCGACGACGCCUGGGGCCUGAGCGAUGCCCAGGUGGUGUGCAGGCAGCUGGGCUGCGGCCGGGCCACGGCGGCCCCGGGAAACGCGCGUUUCGGGCCCGGCUCCGGCCGAAUCCUCCUGGACAACGUGCAGUGCAGCGGCAACGAGUCCUCCCUGCUGGAGUGCCGGCACAACGGCUGGGGCCUGCACAACUGCGUCCACGGGGAAGACGCCGGCGUCGUCUGUGCAGGCGCUUUGGGCGUCCAACUGCGUCUGGCCGACGGCGGGCACGAGUGCGAAGGCCGCGUGGAGGUGUCCGACGGCGGCGCCUGGGGCACCGUGUGCGACGACGCCUGGGGCCUGAGCGAUGCCCAGGUGGUGUGCAGGCAGCUGGGCUGCGGCCGGGCCACGGCGGCCCCGGGAAACGCGCGUUUCGGGCCCGGCUCCGGCCGAAUCCUCCUGGACAACGUGCAGUGCAGCGGCAACGAGUCCUCCCUGCUGGAGUGCCGGCACAACGGCUGGGGCCUGCACAACUGCGUCCACGGGGAAGACGCCGGCGUCGUCUGUGCAGGUAGGUGGCCGACGGAGGUGCUCCUGGCUUUGCUGCACGUGCCGCCAGGCGCUUUGGCUGCUGAGAGCGGCGUCCAACUGCGUCUGGCCGACGGCGGGCACGAGUGCGAAGGCCGCGUGGAGGUGUCCGACGGCGGCGCCUGGGGCACCGUGUGCGACGACGCCUGGGGCCUGAGCGAUGCCCAGGUGGUGUGCAGGCAGCUGGGCUGCGGCCGGGCCACGGCGGCCCCGGGAAACGCGCGUUUCGGGCCCGGCUCCGGCCGAAUCCUCCUGGACAACGUGCAGUGCAGCGGCAACGAGUCCUCCCUGCUGGAGUGCCGGCACAACGGCUGGGGCCUGCACAACUGCGUCCACGGGGAAGACGCCGGCGUCGUCUGUGCAGCCACGGAUACAACCUCUCCUCCAGCAUCGUCAUACCCCGCAGGCGUCCAACUGCGUCUGGCCGACGGCGGGCACGAGUGCGAAGGCCGCGUGGAGGUGUCCGACGGCGGCGCCUGGGGCACCGUGUGCGACGACGCCUGGGGCCUGAGCGAUGCCCAGGUGGUGUGCAGGCAGCUGGGCUGCGGCCGGGCCACGGCGGCCCCGGGAAACGCGCGUUUCGGGCCCGGCUCCGGCCGAAUCCUCCUGGACAACGUGCAGUGCAGCGGCAACGAGUCCUCCCUGCUGGAGUGCCGGCACAACGGCUGGGGCCUGCACAACUGCGUCCACGGGGAAGACGCCGGCGUCGUCUGUGCAGGUAGGUGGCCGACGGAGGUGCCCCCGCUCCGCCCUGUGUCCGUCCCACCCCACCAAAGUUUUCUCUGUGGUGGCUUAAUUUCAAAUUCCUCUGGGAUCCUGGAGAGUCCGUUCUACCCUGGACAUUAUCCAAGUAAUGCUGACUGUGUGUGGGAAAUACAUGCAGAGAACAAUUUCCGUGUUGUGCUCACAUUUAGAGAUAUUGUCAUGCAAAGCAGCAGAUGCGAGCAUGACUACAUUGAGGUCUAUGACGGGCCUCUACAUUCUUCUCCUCUUCUUGGGAAAAUUUGUGCUGGUUCCCUUCGCACGUACACUUCUUCUUCAAACCUGAUGACCGUUCGGUUUCACAGCGAUUCUAGAUACACAUUUAGAGGCUUUCAGGCCCACUACUCCUCCAUUCCAGCUGAUCACAACACCACCCUCUUGUGCUUGCCGGACUACAUGCAUGCGGUGGUUAGCAGAGACUAUCUCCAAUCAGAGGGCUACUCUGUGCAGAGCGUCACCAUGAGCGAUACUCGCUGCAGACCAACAGUCACGUCACAGGAGGUUAUUUUCAAUGUUCCCUACAACGGCUGUGGGACAGUACGACAGGAAAACAAUGAUACGAUCAACUAUUCCAACGUGAUCAAAGCUACCUCUUCUGGCUACAUAAUCAAGAGGAAAAAGGAUCUUCAUCUACACAUCAGUUGCAAAAUGCUCCAGAACACAUGGAUGCAAGUAAUGUAUGUUGCUGAGGAUAUUGCAGACGUGAAUGAAAGUCAGUUUGGAAGAUAUGAUGUGAACAUCACGUUUUAUAAUUCAGCAUCGUUCUCACAGCCAGUGUAUGAUUCUCCAUACUACAUUGACUUGAACCAAAAUUUGUUCCUUCAAGCUUACCUUCACAGCUCUGACAAUGAUCUUGUGUUGUUUGUGGACACAUGUGUGGCAUCACCGGAUCCUACUGAUUUUAGCACUCUGGCCUAUGAUAUAAUCAACAGUGGAUGUGUUAGAGAUUCUUCCUUUGCCACAUUCUACUCCCCCUACGGGCACCUUGCUCGUUUCAAAUUCAAUGCCUUCAAGUUUAUUAACCACCACACAUCAGUCUAUCUGAAGUGUGAACUGGACGUGUGUAGGCUAAGAGACUAUUCCUCCCGCUGCUACCAGGGCUGUAUGAGUAGGUCCAAGAGAGACACAAGUUCUGACCAGGAAAAAGUGGAUGUUGUUGUUGGACCAAUUCAGCUUCGAGAAGGUGGUGCUGAGAGUAGGAAUACUGAACUGCCGCUGAGGCUGGUGAACGGGCAGAACAGAUGUCAGGGCCGCGUGGAAGUGCUUCACGGCGGAGCCUGGGGGACGGUCUGCGAUGACUCCUGGGACACGGCUGACGGCGACGUGGUGUGCGGCCAGCUCGGAUGUGGCAGAGCCACCUCCGCGCCAGGAGGGGCUCAUUUCGGCCAGGGCACAGGACAGAUUCUCCUGGACGAAGUACGGUGCCGCGGGAACGAAGCCUCCCUCCAGCAGUGCUCCCACAGCGGCUGGGCCGUCAACGACUGUCUGCACCAGGAGGACGCCGGCGUCAUCUGCACAGGUGACUUCUGAGCCACGAGUGUCACCGAGCCCUAGCAGGCGGUAGAGAUCUGCCAGUCUACAUUAUCCCUGAGACUGUUGAAUGGCCAGAACCGAUGCGAGGGCCGAGUUGAAGUCUACUACCAGGGCAGCUGGGGAACCAUCUGCGAUGACUCCUGGGACCUGAUGGACGCCCAGGUGGUCUGCAGCCAGCUGGGGUGCGGCAGUGCUGUUUCUGCCCCGGGGAACGCCAAUUUUAGCCAAGGCUCAGGAAAUAUCCUGCUUGACGAUGUGCACUGCAAAGGGAAUGAGGCUCACAUCUGGGAGUGCCCCAGCAGAGGGUGGCUGGUGCAUAACUGCGUGCACGUCGAAGAUGCCAGUGUCGUUUGCUCAGUAAUGUCAGUGAGGUUGGUGAAUGGAUGGAACCAAUGUGAAGGGCGUGUUGAAGUAUUUUACAAAGGAGCCUGGGGAACUGUUUGUGAUGAUUCCUGGGAUAUAAGUGAUGCAGAAGUUGUCUGUAACCAGCUGGCUUGUGGACAUGCUGUAUCAUCUUCAGGAAAUGUCACCUUUACUCACAGCCUGAGAAAUGUUGUCAUGGAUGAUGUGCAGUGCAGAGGGAAUGAGAACUACCUGUGGGAAUGUUCUCACAGGGGGUGGUAUAGACAGAGCUGUGACAGCCGGCGAGAUGCCAGCGUCGUUUGCUCAGAAGUGUCACUGAGACUGAUAAAUGGUAGGACCAGAUGUGAAGGUCGUGUUGAAGUCUAUUACCAAGGAAGCUGGGGAACAGUCUGUGAUGAUUCCUGGGAUAUAAAUGAUGCACAGGUUGUGUGCCAACAGCUAGGAUGUGGAAAUGCUCUCUCCGCCCCGAGAAACGCACAUUUCUCUCCAGGAUCAGGGAACAUUUUCCUGGAUGAUGUGCAGUGCCAUGGAAAUGAAUCCUACCUGUGGGAAUGCUCUCACAGUGGAUGGUCAGUACAUAACUGUGGGCACAAAGAAGAUGCCAGUGUGCUUUGCUCAGAAAUAUCACUGCGGCUGGAGAAUGGAGGCAAUAGAUGUGAGGGACGUGUUGAAAUUUAUUACAAAGGAUUCUGGGGAACGGUCUGUGAUGAUCUCUGGGAUAUCAGCGAUGCUCAGGUCAUCUGCAGACAGCUUGGGUGUGGGCAGCCCACAUCAGCACCAGGCGCAGCCCAUUUUGGGGAAGGCUCUGGAGUCAUUUUCCUAGAUGAUGUGCAGUGCAGAGGGAAUGAGCCUUAUGUAUGGCAGUGCUCCCACAGCGGAUGGUCAAGACAUAAUUGUGGCCACAGUGAAGAUGCCAGUGUUGUCUGUUCAGAUAUCCUCCUUUUCCCAGAAAUGUCACAGCGACUGGUGAAUGGAAGGAAUAACUGCAAGGGCCACAUCGAAAUCUGUCACCAAGGAGACUGGGGAACAGCCUGUGACGGCUCCCGGGGCAUAAACGAGGCACAAGUUGUGUGCAGCCUGUGUGGGUGUGGAUCCGCCACUUCAGCACCGGGGAAUGCCCGUUUCGGGAAAGGCUCUGGGAAUAUUCUCUUGGAUGCUAUCCAGUAUCAGCCACAAUUGCGACUGGUACAUGGAGGGCACAGAUGUGCUGGAAGGGUUGAAGUUUACUAUAAAGGAGAAUGGGGGACAGUCUGUGAUGAUUCCUUUGAUAUGGACAAUGCCAAUGUUGUAUGCAGACAACUGGAUUGUGGUCAAGCUGUUUCUGUCCUGGGGUGGUCUUUCUUUGGCCCCGGUGAAGGAAACAUCCUCCUGGAUGAAGUGCAGUGUACAGGAAAUGAAUAUUAUCUGUGGGAAUGCCAGCACCACCCCUGGCAUGAACACAACUGUGAACACAAUGAAGAUGUCAGUGUCAUCUGCUCAGGUACAAAAAAAAGUAGUACAUCAGUUCCUGAAAUCCCUUCUACAGCUGCUCAAAGUAAGAACAACAUGGCCCUGCGGCUGGUGGACGGCGGCGGCCCCUGCGAGGGGCGCCUCGAGCUCUUCCACAACGGCAGCUGGGGCACCGUCUGCGACGACGCCUGGGACCUGAGGGACGCCAGCGUGGCGUGCCGGCAGCUGGGCUGCGGGGACGUCGUCUCGGCCCACCGCAACGCCUUCUUUGGCGAAGGCGCCGGCCCCGUGCUCCUGGACGAGGUGGCGUGCACGGGGGACGAGGCGUCGCUGGCCCAGUGCUCUCACCGCGGGCUGGGCGUCCACGACUGCCGCCACAAGGAGGACGCCGGCGUCGUCUGCGCAGGUGCUCACCUCCACAUGGCCCUGCGGCUGGUGGACGGCGGCGGCCCCUGCGAGGGGCGCCUCGAGCUCUUCCACAACGGCAGCUGGGGCACCGUCUGCGACGACGCCUGGGACCUGAGGGACGCCAGCGUGGCGUGCCGGCAGCUGGGCUGCGGGGACGUCGUCUCGGCCCACCGCAACGCCUUCUUUGGCGAAGGCGCCGGCCCCGUGCUCCUGGACGAGGUGGCGUGCACGGGGGACGAGGCGUCGCUGGCCCAGUGCUCUCACCGCGGGCUGGGCGUCCACGACUGCCGCCACAAGGAGGACGCCGGCGUCGUCUGCGCAGGUGCUCACCUCCGCCCGGCCCACCCCGCCGCGGCCGCGGGCCCGCUGCGGCAGCCCAGAGCGCCGGCCAGCACAGCCGGGCGCCGGCCCCACAUGGCCCUGCGGCUGGUGGACGGCGGCGGCCCCUGCGAGGGGCGCCUCGAGCUCUUCCACAAUGGCAGCUGGGGCACCGUCUGCGACGACGCCUGGGACCUGAGGGACGCCAGCGUGGCGUGCCGGCAGCUGGGCUGCGGGGACGUCGUCUCGGCCCACCGCAACGCCUUCUUUGGCGAAGGCGCCGGCCCCGUGCUCCUGGACGAGGUGGCGUGCACGGGGGACGAGGCGUCGCUGGCCCAGUGCUCUCACCGCGGGCUGGGCGUCCACGACUGCCGCCACAAGGAGGACGCCGGCGUCGUCUGCGCAGGUGCUCACCUCCGCCCGGCCCACCCCGCCGCGGCCGCGGGCCCGCUGCGGCAGCCCAGAGCGCCGGCCAGCACAGCCGGGCGCCGGCCCCACAUGGCCCUGCGGCUGGUGGACGGCGGCGGCCCCUGCGAGGGGCGCCUCGAGCUCUUCCACAACGGCAGCUGGGGCACCGUCUGCGACGACGCCUGGGACCUGAGGGACGCCAGCGUGGCGUGCCGGCAGCUGGGCUGCGGGGACGUCGUCUCGGCCCACCGCAACGCCUUCUUUGGCGAAGGCGCCGGCCCCGUGCUCCUGGACGAGGUGGCGUGCACGGGGGACGAGGCGUCGCUGGCCCAGUGCUCUCACCGCGGGCUGGGCGUCCACGACUGCCGCCACAAGGAGGACGCCGGCGUCGUCUGCGCAGGUGCUCACCUCCACAUGGCCCUGCGGCUGGUGGACGGCGGCGGCCCCUGCGAGGGGCGCCUCGAGCUCUUCCACAACGGCAGCUGGGGCACCGUCUGCGACGACGCCUGGGACCUGAGGGACGCCAGCGUGGCGUGCCGGCAGCUGGGCUGCGGGGACGUCGUCUCGGCCCACCGCAACGCCUUCUUUGGCGAAGGCGCCGGCCCCGUGCUCCUGGACGAGGUGGCGUGCACGGGGGACGAGGCGUCGCUGGCCCAGUGCUCUCACCGCGGGCUGGGCGUCCACGACUGCCGCCACAAGGAGGACGCCGGCGUCGUCUGCGCAGGUGCUCACCUCCGCCCGGCCCACCCCGCCGCGGCCGCGGGCCCGCUGCGGCAGCCCAGAGCGCCGGCCAGCACAGCCGGGCGCCGGCCCCACAUGGCCCUGCGGCUGGUGGACGGCGGCGGCCCCUGCGAGGGGCGCCUCGAGCUCUUCCACAACGGCAGCUGGGGCACCGUCUGCGACGACGCCUGGGACCUGAGGGACGCCAGCGUGGCGUGCCGGCAGCUGGGCUGCGGGGACGUCGUCUCGGCCCACCGCAACGCCUUCUUUGGCGAAGGCGCCGGCCCCGUGCUCCUGGACGAGGUGGCGUGCACGGGGGACGAGGCGUCGCUGGCCCAGUGCUCUCACCGCGGGCUGGGCGUCCACGACUGCCGCCACAAGGAGGACGCCGGCGUCGUCUGCGCAGGUGCUCACCUCCGCCCGGCCCACCCCGCCGCGGCCGCGGGCCCGCUGCGGCAGCCCAGAGCGCCGGCCAGCACAGCCGGGCGCCGGCCCCACAUGGCCCUGCGGCUGGUGGACGGCGGCGGCCCCUGCGAGGGGCGCCUCGAGCUCUUCCACAACGGCAGCUGGGGCACCGUCUGCGACGACGCCUGGGACCUGAGGGACGCCAGCGUGGCGUGCCGGCAGCUGGGCUGCGGGGACGUCGUCUCGGCCCACCGCAACGCCUUCUUUGGCGAAGGCGCCGGCCCCGUGCUCCUGGACGAGGUGGCGUGCACGGGGGACGAGGCGUCGCUGGCCCAGUGCUCUCACCGCGGGCUGGGCGUCCACGACUGCCGCCACAAGGAGGACGCCGGCGUCGUCUGCGCAGGUGCUCACCUCCGCCCGGCCCACCCCGCCGCGGCCGCGGGCCCGCUGCGGCAGCCCAGAGCGCCGGCCAGCACAGCCGGGCGCCGGCCCCACAUGGCCCUGCGGCUGGUGGACGGCGGCGGCCCCUGCGAGGGGCGCCUCGAGCUCUUCCACAACGGCAGCUGGGGCACCGUCUGCGACGACGCCUGGGACCUGAGGGACGCCAGCGUGGCGUGCCGGCAGCUGGGCUGCGGGGACGUCGUCUCGGCCCACCGCAACGCCUUCUUUGGCGAAGGCGCCGGCCCCGUGCUCCUGGACGAGGUGGCGUGCACGGGGGACGAGGCGUCGCUGGCCCAGUGCUCUCACCGCGGGCUGGGCGUCCACGACUGCCGCCACAAGGAGGACGCCGGCGUCGUCUGCGCAGGUGCUCACCUCCGCCCGGCCCACCCCGCCGCGGCCGCGGGCCCGCUGCGGCAGCCCAGAGCGCCGGCCAGCACAGCCGGGCGCCGGCCCCACAUGGCCCUGCGGCUGGUGGACGGCGGCGGCCCCUGCGAGGGGCGCCUCGAGCUCUUCCACAACGGCAGCUGGGGCACCGUCUGCGACGACGCCUGGGACCUGAGGGACGCCAGCGUGGCGUGCCGGCAGCUGGGCUGCGGGGACGUCGUCUCGGCCCACCGCAACGCCUUCUUUGGCGAAGGCGCCGGCCCCGUGCUCCUGGACGAGGUGGCGUGCACGGGGGACGAGGCGUCGCUGGCCCAGUGCUCUCACCGCGGGCUGGGCGUCCACGACUGCCGCCACAAGGAGGACGCCGGCGUCGUCUGCGCAGGUGCUCACCUCCGCCCGGCCCACCCCGCCGCGGCCGCGGGCCCGCUGCGGCAGCCCAGAGCGCCGGCCAGCACAGCCGGGCGCCGGCCCCACAUGGCCCUGCGGCUGGUGGACGGCGGCGGCCCCUGCGAGGGGCGCCUCGAGCUCUUCCACAACGGCAGCUGGGGCACCGUCUGCGACGACGCCUGGGACCUGAGGGACGCCAGCGUGGCGUGCCGGCAGCUGGGCUGCGGGGACGUCGUCUCGGCCCACCGCAACGCCUUCUUUGGCGAAGGCGCCGGCCCCGUGCUCCUGGACGAGGUGGCGUGCACGGGGGACGAGGCGUCGCUGGCCCAGUGCUCUCACCGCGGGCUGGGCGUCCACGACUGCCGCCACAAGGAGGACGCCGGCGUCGUCUGCGCAGGUGUUCCCCCAGACAUGGCCCUGCGGCUGGUGGACGGCGGCGGCCCCUGCGAGGGGCGCCUCGAGCUCUUCCACAACGGCAGCUGGGGCACCGUCUGCGACGACGCCUGGGACCUGAGGGACGCCAGCGUGGCGUGCCGGCAGCUGGGCUGCGGGGACGUCGUCUCGGCCCACCGCAACGCCUUCUUUGGCGAAGGCGCCGGCCCCGUGCUCCUGGACGAGGUGGCGUGCACGGGGGACGAGGCGUCGCUGGCCCAGUGCUCUCACCGCGGGCUGGGCGUCCACGACUGCCGCCACAAGGAGGACGCUGGCGUCGUCUGCGCAGACAUGGCCCUGCGGCUGGUGGACGGCGGCGGCCCCUGCGAGGGGCGCCUCGAGCUCUUCCACAACGGCAGCUGGGGCACCGUCUGCGACGACGCCUGGGACCUGAGGGACGCCAGCGUGGCGUGCCGGCAGCUGGGCUGCGGGGACGUCGUCUCGGCCCACCGCAACGCCUUCUUUGGCGAAGGCGCCGGCCCCGUGCUCCUGGACGAGGUGGCGUGCACGGGGGACGAGGCGUCGCUGGCCCAGUGCUCUCACCGCGGGCUGGGCGUCCACGACUGCCGCCACAAGGAGGACGCCGGCGUCGUCUGCGCAGGUGCUCACCUCCACAUGGCCCUGCGGCUGGUGGACGGCGGCGGCCCCUGCGAGGGGCGCCUCGAGCUCUUCCACAACGGCAGCUGGGGCACCGUCUGCGACGACGCCUGGGACCUGAGGGACGCCAGCGUGGCGUGCCGGCAGCUGGGCUGCGGGGACGUCGUCUCGGCCCACCGCAACGCCUUCUUUGGCGAAGGCGCCGGCCCCGUGCUCCUGGACGAGGUGGCGUGCACGGGGGACGAGGCGUCGCUGGCCCAGUGCUCUCACCGCGGGCUGGGCGUCCACGACUGCCGCCACAAGGAGGACGCCGGCGUCGUCUGCGCAGGUGCUCACCUCUCAACUGAUUCACCUUUUCUUGGGCAAGUAUGCAACAACACUGACUAUAAUUGUGGGGGGCACUUAACUGGUCCCAAUGGAACAUUUAUCAGCCCCAACUACCCCAGGCCCUACCCUGAGUUUACCUACUGCGUCUGGCACAUACAAACAGCAAGAAAAUCAAAGAUAAACUUACAGUUUGGUGACCUUUUCCUGGAACUAGACAAAAACUGUCAAUUUGAUUUUGUCGCAAUCUAUGAUGGCCCCACCACUACCUCUGGCUUAAUUGGAAAAGUAUGUGGUCGUUCUCUGCCCAAAUUUGAAUCUUCUUCAAAUGAUAUGACUGUUGUGCUUGCUACAGAUUACGCCAAUUCUUAUAGAGGGUUUUCUGCUCAGUACACCAGUAUCCCACUGCCAAGUCCACCAGAGCCCAACAAAGGCACUCCUACCAUUCUACAGAUGUACAGAUAUACUUUUUGA